AGCCUGAGGGUGGCCCGUGUGAGUGUGAGCGCGCGCGCGCCCCGGCCUCUCGCAGUGCGCCUGGACUGUGCGUGCGCUUCCUCGUCUUUUUGGGGGGAAAGAAAGGGGAGGGGUGUGUGUCCGGGCCGCAGGGUCUGAGUGUCCAGUCCUAGUAGGGGAGUGUGUGUGUGUGUGUGCUUGUCCCGGCCUCCCCGGACCCCUUGCCGGGGUCCUCAGCUCUCUUUUCCCCCUCCUGCCUCCUUCCCCUGCGCAGCCUGCCUAAACCCCAACCACCUGUGCACCCGAGAAACCCAACUCCUCCCGCUUCGCGCCCCGGGGGGAGGCAGGGGCAGGGCCAAGCCGCAGAGGGGGCCGCCGCCUCCUGCCUCCUUGUCGUCUCCUCCCCCUCCCCCGUCUGACGCUGCCUCCUUGGGAAGGGUGUUUGGAGGGCAGCGGCCGCCCCAAGCCGAAGCCCCGCAGCGCUUCUUAUGAUCAGCUCGGUGUGUGUCUCCUCCUACCGCGGGCGCAAGUCUGGGAACAAGCCUCCGUCCAAAACAUGUCUGAAGGAGGAGAUGGCCAAGGGCGAGGCGUCGGAGAAGAUCAUCAUCAACGUGGGCGGCACGCGACAUGAGACCUACCGCAGCACCCUGCGCACCCUACCGGGCACCCGCCUCGCCUGGCUGGCGGAUCCCGACGGCGGGGGCCGGCCCGAGUCAGAUGGCGGCGGUGCGGGCAGCAGCGGCAGCAGCGGUGGCGGCGGGGGUUGUGAGUUCUUCUUUGACCGGCACCCGGGCGUCUUUGCGUACGUGCUCAACUACUACCGCACGGGCAAGCUGCACUGCCCCGCCGACGUGUGCGGGCCGCUCUUCGAGGAGGAGCUGGCUUUCUGGGGCAUCGACGAGACCGACGUGGAGCCCUGCUGCUGGAUGACCUACCGGCAGCACCGCGACGCCGAGGAGGCGCUGGACAUCUUCGAGAGCCCGGACGGAGGCGGCGGCGGCGCGGGGCCGGGCGACGAGGCCGGCGAGGAUGAGCGGGAGCUGGCCUUGCAGCGCCUGGGGCCCCACGAAGGAGGCGUGGGCCCCGGCGCCGGGGCCGGGGGAUGCCGCGGCUGGCAACCCCGCAUGUGGGCGCUCUUUGAGGAUCCCUACUCGUCCCGGGCAGCCAGGGUGGUGGCCUUCGCCUCUCUCUUCUUCAUCCUGGUGUCUAUCACCACCUUCUGCCUGGAGACCCACGAGGCCUUCAACAUCGACCGCAACGUGACAGAGGUCCACCGAGUGGGGAACACCACCAGCGUACGCUUCCGGCGGGAGGUGGAGACGGAGCCCAUCCUGACCUACAUAGAGGGUGUCUGCGUACUCUGGUUCACGCUGGAGUUCCUGGUGCGCAUCGCGUGCUGCCCGGACACGCUGGACUUCGUCAAGAACCUGCUCAACAUCAUCGACUUCGUGGCCAUCCUGCCCUUCUACCUGGAGGUCGGGCUGAGCGGGCUGUCGUCCAAGGCGGCUCGCGACGUGCUGGGCUUCCUGCGGGUCGUCCGCUUCGUGCGCAUCCUGCGCAUCUUCAAGCUCACGCGGCACUUCGUGGGGCUGCGCGUGCUUGGCCACACCCUGCGCGCCAGCACCAACGAGUUCCUGCUGCUCAUCAUCUUCCUGGCCCUGGGCGUGCUCAUCUUCGCCACCAUGAUCUACUACGCUGAGCGCAUUGGCGCCAGGCCCUCCGACCCACGGGGCAAUGACCACACCGACUUCAAGAACAUCCCCAUCGGCUUCUGGUGGGCCGUGGUCACUAUGACGACUCUGGGCUAUGGGGACAUGUACCCCAAGACGUGGUCAGGCAUGCUGGUGGGGGCGCUGUGUGCACUGGCCGGCGUGCUCACCAUCGCCAUGCCUGUGCCCGUCAUUGUCAACAACUUCGGCAUGUACUACUCCCUGGCCAUGGCCAAGCAGAAGCUGCCCAAGAAACGGAAGAAGCACGUGCCACGGCCCCCCCAGCUCGAGUCCCCCAUGUACUGCAAGUCCGAGGAGACAUCGCCCCGGGAUAGCACCUACAGCGAUACCAGCCCCCCUGCCCAGGAAGAGGGUGUGGUCGAGAGGAAACGAGCAGAUUCCAAGCAGAACGGCGAUGCCAAUGCGGUGCUGUCAGAUGAGGAGGAGGGAGCAGGCCUCACCCAGCCCCUGGCCUCCGCCCCGAUCCCCGAGGAGCGCAGGGCCCUGCGACGCGCUGGCACUCGAGACAGAAACAAGAAGGCAGCUGCCUGCUUCCUGCUCAGCGCUGGGGACUAUGCCUGUGCGGAUGGUAGUGUCCGGAAAGGCUGUGAAAAGUCCCGGAGUCUAAACAACAUAGCCGGAGCAGCUGGAACCAGUCUGGGGCUGUCUCCACUGGCGUCUCGAUUCAGCUCGCCCUACCCUCCGAGAAAGCUCCUGCUCGCCCACCCCUUCCACACCCUCGCCAGCCCACCACCCGGACACUCAGCCCCAUAGCUGCCCCCUCGGCUCUCCCGCCUCUGGGCA